AUGUAUCGCAUUGUAAAUCCACUUUUAAAACACAUCAUCCACCGGAGUUCCCAUGAUGCUACAUCAAGAAAACUAUGUCUACAAUAUUUGAAAAGUUUAAGAACUCUGCACCUUAAUGACUACAAGACUAUAUUUUUAGGUGAAACUGAUCUUUCUGAAAGUCUCAUAACAGGAGACAAGUUUCCUUCUGAAGAUAAUCUCAACUGGCCUGUAUGGACAGUCGUACAUGCUGGUAACAGCCAAGGAUGGGUCCCAUGGAGAUACAGAGUAUUUCUAAGGGAUGACUUACCCUUAGGGCAGCAGGAAGACAUGUUUCAGGAAUUCUGUGACUUUCUCUCUAUUACUUAUGGGAAGUGUGCCAUUGUGGUCAAAGAGAAAAAACGAUCAAGGAUGAAGACUGAAGCAUCUAACCAGGAAGUGGACAGAACCGACCCUCAGGCCAUUUCUCACCCCUAUUUGUUGAACAUCAAACGUUGCCCUGAAAUUGCCAAGACUACAGGACAUGAAUUUCUCUCAGUGCCUUUUGAUUACAACUACCUUCAUCCCAUGGAUGCUGUCUGGUCAUCCUUGAAAUGGUUUAUUAUCAAUAACAGAAAGGAAUUUUCUCUAACAUCCUUGGAGAGGACCUAUUCAUACCAAUGCAUCCUCCUCAGUGACUUGAUUGGGAAAGGAAUAGAGAAGACAAGCCCAAACAAAUGGAAAGUGGCUGUUAACAAAGUGCGGAGAUGGGAAAACUACUACUUGGAUAAGUUUUCCUGA